ACCAUGAUCAACCAUGAUUUUAACCUUAGUUUUAGUUCUUUAAGUUUAUAAUAAAGUUUUAAAGAAAUGGGUUAUUUAGAAUUAACUUUGGCAAUUUUAAAGCCUAACGUAGCUGUAAAUCCUGUUGCCAUUAAGUUUGUUAAGAAUCUAAUUAUAACCUCUAACUUUAAAAUUGUUCGUUCUAAGCGACAAAAAUGUAAAAUCAAGGAACUUCAACUAUUUUAUGAAGAACAUAAAGAUAAAUUCUUUUAUAAUAGAUUAAUAACAUUUAUGAGCAGUGGGCCUUCUGAGCUGUUCAUAUUAGCCAAAGAAAAUGCAAUACAAGAUUGGCGAAAACUUCUUGGUCCAACCAAGGUUUAUAGAACCCAAUUUGAGGAACCAAAUUCACUAAGAGGUCUCUUUGGGCAAUCUGACACUAGAAAUGCAUUUCAUGGAUCAGAUAGCAAAGAAUCUGCAGAAAGAGAAAUGAGCAUAUUUUUUCCAGAAUUCAAUAUUAGUGAUUGGUUUGUUUCUGAAGAGCAGUUUUUUGUAAAUGGAGAAAUUAAAUUCCAAGAAGACAAAUUUAUACAUGUAAUACAGCAUACUUAAUUAUUUCACUGCAUUUAUUUUGCAUUUAAUAGCACUAAUAAUAAAGGUUUAUUUUGCA